AUGCGAUCCCUUCCCAAGCAAAUCAAUCCUCUCAUCCUCCCCGACGCAUCCCCUUCUUUCCAGGAUUUGCUCGCGUUGCGCCGGCUAGGAAAGACACAUCUGACCGUCAAGCCCGGUCAGAUCGGAACAUCAAAUGCCACCAAACCAGAGAACCUUGGACCUUUUGAAUAUGCGCACCUACGCGCUCCACUACCCAAGGAUUUGUCUGGCUCUGAAAUAUUCCCGUCGCAAACCACGAAACAAGACACAUAUUUCUUGAUGCGACGGAGUAAGGAUGGUUAUAUCAGCGCCACCGGCAUGUUCAAGAUUGCGUUUCCCUGGGCCAAAGCAGAGGAAGAAAAAGCCGAGAGGGAAUAUGUCAAGUCGAAAACAGAGACAAGCAUCGAUGAGACUGCCGGUAAUCUUUGGAUCUCGCCCUUACUAGCGUUGGAACUUGCCAAAGAGUAUCAAAUGUUGGACUGGGUCCGCGCCUUGUUGGACUCCACGGAUAUCAUUCAGACCCCUGCCAGCUCGAAGAAACCCAUUACACCACCACCCAAAUUCGAGAUGCCGCCCUUGGAGACCUUGACGGAACUCAACCCUACCUCGCGUACUCGAAGCCGGCGAUCUGCUUCCCCUGCCAAGUCAUCUCCCAGGAAGACCGUAUCUCCACGCAAGUCCAGGGCUCCUCGCGCUACCAAAGAGAGUUCAGUGGCUGCUACAACAGCUGCCAGCGCUUCCCUACAAGCUGCACUAGAUGGUGCUGCCGAGGCAACGGAUGAGCCCAAUGGCACGGUUGAAGACACCGAUGCUGUUGUUACUGAAACCACCGAAAUUAAGCCCAAGAAGUCUCGGUCGAAGAAACAAGCGGCUGUCGAUGAGAAGGUUACAGUCAAUGUUGAAUCUACAACUGAGAUCAAGGGUGACAUCGAAACCACCCAGACAAAUGUCACUGUUGAAAUGCCAGUCACCCUGCCUGAUCUUCCUCCUGCCGAAGACACCCAGGCAAUGAUUGCACAGGCACAAAAGAUGGUUGAAGAGGCAAACAAAUUACAAGACCAAGACGCCACAGCCGAGUCAUCCUCGCCCAAGGCCGCCAAGAAGCGCAAGUCAGAUGAGGUUGAGGAGGACGAAGACGAGACUGCUGAUAAGCGCGCUCAACCCACUAAGAAGGCCAGAGUUUUAGAAGACAAACUCCGAAAGGAGCGGGUUCGCAACAGAGCUCUUGUCGGGGUGACUGCUGCCUUAACACUUGCGUAA